AUGACGAAGUUCAUUUUGCGGAUGUAUAGAAACACCGACUUUGCGGACGCCGGCGUCACCUUUUCACACGAAAGAGUUGAUGGAGAGGUCGAGGUCAGGUUUGAGGACACGGGAACGGAACCGAACGCCAUUAUUAUGGGUGUGAACGCGAUCCCUUUCGGUCCACCGAUAGGUAUUAUUAUUUUUCUUACCAUUCCGGAGGAUGUGACGCUUGGAGAGAUAGACAACUUCACGCUGGACGGUUCGGGGUUCGGCAUUAAUUUGGGACGGCCUGACGGUUUUGCACAGACGAGGGUUUUUCCGUACCGUCUCUACGCGUCCGUUCCUACGGUAUGGGGAACCUGUUUAGGAUACGGUGGAGUGACCGAUCGGUCAUGGCUGGUGAGGACGAAAGCGAAGACGAGGUCGAGUUACAGAAACAAUUUAACCAUCAGCGGUAUUGAUGCCCUUUGA